UGCCCCGGCAUGGAGGAGAAGUACAGCGGGCAGGCCUUGGCCGGCGGCGGCGUGCUGGGGCCCGUCGAUGUGCCCACCGCCCGGCUGACGCGGUACAUCGUGCUGCUGUGCUUCACCAAGUUUUUGAAAGCCGUGGGGCUGUUUGAAUCCUACGAUCUUCUGAAAGCGGUCCACCUCGUGCAGUUUAUCUUUAUAGUGCAGCUGGGGUCUGCAUUUUUUAUGGUUUUGUUUCAAAAACCAUUUUCUUCUGGAAAAGUGGUAACCAAGCAUCAGUGGAUCAAAAUUUUUAAGCAUGCUGUUGUGGGAUCUAUCAUUUCACUCUUGUGGUUUUUUGGCCUUACUCUUUGUGGACCACUGAGGACAUUGUUGCUGUUUGAGCACAGUGAUGUGGUUGUGCUAUCACUCCUUAGUGUCUUGUUCACGAGCUCAGGUGGAGGACCAGCAAAGACAAGAGGUGCUGCAUUUUUCAUCACAGCUGUCAUCUGCUUACUGCUUUUUGACAAUGACGACCUCAUGGCUAAGAUAGCAGAACAUCCUGAGGGGCAUCAUGACAGUGCUCUUACCCAUGUUCUGUAUACAAUCAUUGCUUUCCUAGGUGUUGCAGAUCACAAGGGAGGAGUACUGCUUCUGGUACUGGCAUUGUGCUGUAAGGUUGGUUUUCACAUGGCUUCCCGAAAACUAUCUGUAGAUGUAGGUGGAGCCAAGCGUCUUCAAGCUUUGUCUCAUCUUGUUUCCGUCCUUCUGUUGUGCCCCUGGGUCAUUGUCCUUUCUCUGACAACAGAGAGUAAAGUAGAGUCUUGGUCUUCUCUCAUCAUGCCUUUCAUAACAGUCAUCUUUUUUGUUGUGAUCCUGGAUUUCUACGUGGAGUCCAUAUGCUCUGUCAAGAUGGAAGCUUCCACGUGUGCUCGAUAUGGAUCCUUUCUUAUUUUCAUUAGUGCACUGCUUUUUGGCAACUUUUGGACACAUCCAAUAACAGACCAGCUUCGAGCUAUGAAUAAGCCACCACACCAUGAAAGCACAGAGCAUGUUCUUUCUGGAGGUGUGGUAGUGAGUGCUGUCUUCUUCAUUUUAUCUGCCAAUAUCCUGUCCUCCCCCUCCAGGAAAGGGCAGAAGGGUACCCUUAUUGGCUAUUCCCCUGAAGGCACUCCUCUCUAUAACUUCAUGGGUGAUGCAUUACAGCAGAGCUCUCAGUCAUUACCCCGGUUUAUUAAGGAGUCACUGAAAGAAAUCCUUGAGGAGUAUGAUUCUAGGCAGAUCUUCUAUUUCUUGUGCCUAAAUCUGGCUUCCACUUUUGUGGAGCUUUUUUAUGGAGUAUGGACCAAUAGCCUUGGUCUCAUUUCUGAUGGAUUUCACAUGCUUUUUGAUUGUUCUGCCUUAGUGAUGGGGCUUUUUGCAGCUCUGAUGACAAGAUGGAAAGCAACUCGCAUAUUUUCCUAUGGGUAUGGACGUGUAGAAAUUCUCUCUGGAUUUAUUAAUGGCCUCUUUCUGAUGGUAACUGCUUUCUUUGUCUUCAUGGAAUCGGUGGCCAGACUGGUGGAUCCUCCAGACAUCGAUACAAAUAUGCUAACUCCAGUCUCUGUUGGAGGGCUGAUCGUAAACCUUGUUGGUAUCUGUGCCUUUAGCCACGCGCACUCCCAUGGGGUUUCUCGGGGAGGUUGUCACUCACACGAUCACAGCCAUUCUCACCACGGGCACAGCCACGGCCAUGGGCACAGUCAUGGACAUUCCCACGGGACUUCUGGAGGAGGCAUGAAUACCAACAUGAGAGGUGUGUUUCUGCAUGUGUUAGCAGACACUCUUGGCAGUGUUGGUGUUACCGUAUCAACGAUAUUUAUUCAGCAAUUUGGAUGGCUCAUAGCUGAUCCACUCUGCUCUCUUUUUAUUGCUACAUUGAUUUUUCUUAGUGUUAUCCCACUAUUGAAAGAUGCCUGUCAAGUGCUUUUGUUGAGGAUACCUCCAGAACAGGAGAAACAUCUGCAUGCAGCUUUAGAAAAGAUUCAAAAAAUAGAAGGAGUCAUAUCUAGAGAUCCUCAUUUUUGGUGUCACUCUGCAAGUGUUGUGGCAGGUACAAUACAUGUGCAAGUGGUAUCAGAUGUGAUGGAACAGAGAAUUGUACAGCAGGUUACAGCAAUUCUGAAAGAUGCUGGCGUAAACAACCUAACUGUCCAAGUGGAGAAGGAAGCUUAUUUUCAACACAUGUCUGGACUCAGUACAGGAUUUCAGGAUGUCCUUGCAAUGACUCAGCAACUAGAAUCCAUGAAAUACUACAAAGAUGGUACUUAUAUCAUGUGAUAGAAAGUUAUGUUCACCAAAGGAGGUGCAAACGGUGAAGCUGUAGGAUUCCAUACUCGUAUUUUUGACAGGAGAUCUUGCACAUACAUGUACAGAAACAAAUGUACUAUAUAUUUGAAUUUUUUUAAGCACUAUAUUAAAAUAGGAUCAAGGUGCUUUUAUAAAGGAAAUAAGGACUUGAAUAUUUGCUGUAUAUGUGAAAAUAAUGGAAAUCUGUACUUGGUGUUUAUUAAACAGAAGUCUGGAUAUGUUCCAUGCUUAAUCUUUUACGAAUGGAACAUCAUGAUUAUAAUUUCAUGUUAGCAGUGGGAAAUGGAAAUAGUUUAUAUUGGAAUGCAAACGUAAUUGUUGUGGUUUAAGCCCAGCCAGCAAGAAGGCACCACACAGCUGCUCGCUCACUCCCCCCCCUCCCAGUGGGAUGGGGAGGAGAAUUGGGGACAAAAAAGUAAAACUAGUGGGUCGAGAUAAGAACUAUUUAAUAACUAAAGUAAAAUAAAAUAUCAUAAAAACAAUAAUAAUUAAUAAUAAUAAUUGUAAUGAAAAGGAAUAUUAACAAAAAAAAGGGGGGGGGGACACAAGAAAAGACAAGCGAUGCACAGUGCAAUUGCUCACCCCCUGCUGACCAAUGCCUGAGCAGUGAUUGGCCCCUCCCGGCCAACUCCCCCCAGUUCAUAUAGAGAGCAUGACGUUCUAUGGUAUGGAAUAUCUCUCUGGCUAGUUCAGGUCAGCUGUCCUUGCCAUGCUCCCUCAGCAGAGCAUGAGAAACUGAAAAAAUCCUUAACUUAGGAUAAGCGCUACUUAACAACAACUAAAACAUCAGUUUGUUAUCAACAUUAUUCUCGCACUAAAUCCAAAACACACUGUACCAGCUACUGAGAAGAAAAUAACUUUGACCUAGCUGAAAUCAGGACAAUAAUCAAUUGAAAAAUAUUUUUCUUUCUUUCAAAUGUAGCUUGAAGACUUCUUGAAUGAAAAAUAAUUACAUGCUUAUUACAGGGAGUAAAAAACAACAUGAAGUCAUGUUUUUUGCACACUUUGUUAGAUAAUAGAAAUAAACAGUUUUUAUAUUA